AUGUCUUCUCGAAAUUUGGACCGAUACCAAAGUCCGUUCUCGAGAGCUUGGAUGAGUACUACCUCCGAGGUCGGGGGUGUUUCCGAGGUUUCUUCAAAGUCGGGCAGCAUGCUCUUGAACCUGUCGAGGAAACUUCGCAGCGGCUCGUCCUUGAGUUGUUCUAGCUCGAACAACUCGUGGAGUCUUCAGGGCUUCCUAGUGCUCAUGCUGAGCCUCAAGUCAGACUUCCAGGCGGGUUCGGCACUGGUCCUGCGUGGAGGAAUCAGCGGGACUUCCUCUCGCGCGAUGGUGGCGUGCCUUGUUGUGUUGGACCUGUUGGUCUCGUCGUCAGGUAUUGGCUCGGGUUCUUCGCGAGGAGGUUGGUUUGAGGGCUCGAUCACCAUGAAAGAUGACGCGGUGCAGAGUUUGCGUUCGCGGAGGAAGCAUGACCUCAUCACUCUUUGA